GCAACUAAUUUCAACUUUCAACACAUUACAGUCAAAAGUCAAAAUAAUAUUGUAAUAAUUUGUUUGUGGCCACGCUGAUAAAUAAUCCGAAUACUGUAGGUAUGAGACGUUAAAGAAUAUACUUUACAAACAUGGAUGAAGUUUCAAAGCUAGAACAUCUUUCUCUGGUGUCCAAAAUAUGCACAGAGUUGGACAACCAUUUGGGAUUGAAUGAUAAAGAUUUAGCUGAGUUCAUUAUCGACUUGGCCGACAAGAACCCAAACUUUGACAAUUUUAAAAAAGCACUUAUCGAGAAUGGUGCGGAAUUUUCUGACUCAUUCAUGACAAACCUGCUACGUAUUAUUCAACAUAUGAAACCUUCUGAAAAUCAAGCUGACGGGCCACAGAAAGAGAUCAAGAGCAGUAAUCCUCUGGCAAGCAAAUUUCCAGGUUUGGCUAUUCCCAAUGAUAAACCUAGUAAAUUUUCAUCAGAUGAUGAAAGCGAAGAUGAUAAUAAAAAUACGAGAAUAACAUCAAAGGACAUAUUUAAAACUGAAUCUAAAGCAAAGGAGUCGUGUGACGAUGUUGAGGAUGCGAUGGCAGCGCUAGAGGCGCUAGCACCGUCCAAUAUAAACAAAGGCAAGGAUGAGUCAAAGAAAGAUAUCAUAAAGAAGAGAGACCAGAGCGGCGAUCGUAGCGAAACUAUUAGGAAACGAGAAAGAUCGAGGGAAAGAAAGCGCAGUAGAAGUAGGGAGAGGAGACGCCGCAGUAAAGAUAGAGAUAGACGUAGCCGUAGUCGUAAGAGAAGUCGCAGUAGAAGCAGAAGAAGUCACAGCAAAGAAAGAACAAAUAGAAGUAGAGAUCAGAGGAGUAGAGACAGGGAUAGACGAAGACGUUCCAGAAGUAAACCUCGACAUAGAUCCAGGUCUAGAGAUAGGCAACGGAGAUCCAGAUCUACUAAUAGAAGAUCUAGAUCCAGAUCCCGGUCAUAUGAAAGAAAAGAAAGAAAUAGAUACAAUGAUUAUGGCAAAAAUCAGAAAAGAAGAAGCGCUGAGGUGGAGAUGACCGAUGAUCCUGAACCGGGGAAAAUUUACAAUGGACGAGUGGCAAACAUAGUACCGUUUGGAUGCUUCGUACAGAUGGAAGGGCUGCGGAAGAGAUGGGAGGGUCUCGUACACAUCUCUCAACUCAGAGCUGAAGGUAGAGUCACGAAUGUAUCCGAUGUAGUGUCCAGGGGUGACAAAGUCAAGGUCAAAGUACUGUCAGUGACCGGACAAAAGGUAUCACUGACGAUGAAGGAUGUCUGUCAAGAGUCCGGCAAGGAUUUAAAUCCGACUUCACAUGCACAUCUAGAGGUGGAGCGUUCAGGUCGCAACCCGGACCGUCCCCCGGCCGUGUUGGCGGGACUCCAACUAGACCCUGAUGAAGACUCCAGCCGCAAACGGGUCACCAGGAUAUCCAGUCCUGAGCGAUGGGAGAUCAAACAGAUGAUAUCAUCAGGUGUGAUCGAUAAAAGCGAGUUGCCAGAUUUCGAUGAAGAAACGGGUCUUCUGCCCAAAGAGGAGGACGGAGAAGCGGACAUCGAGAUAGAACUGGUCGAGGAGGAACCGCCCUUCCUACAAGGUCACGGGCGAGCUCUACACGACCUGUCCCCUGUUAGAAUAGUCAAGAAUCCUGAUGGAUCACUAGCGCAGGCCGCCAUGAUGCAGUCCGCUCUGGCGAAGGAGAGAAGAGAACAGAAGAUGAUACAGAGAGAACAGGAGAUGGAGAGUCUGCCGACCGGUCUCAACAAAAACUGGAUCGAUCCUCUACCGGAAGCGGACGGGAGGGCGUUAGCGGCCAACAUGCGAGGCACGGGCAUAACACCGCAGGACCUGCCCGAGUGGAAGAAACACGUCAUCGGGGGGAAGAAAUCUUCAUUCGGCAAGAAAACUAACCUGUCCCUCCUGGAGCAGAGGCAGUCCCUGCCUAUUUACAAGUUGAGAGACGAAUUGACCAAGGCCAUAUCCGACAACCAGAUCCUGAUAGUGAUAGGAGAGACGGGUUCCGGGAAGACGACUCAAAUCACGCAGUACGUCUGCGAGUGUGGCGUGUCCGGACGGGGCCGUGUGGCGUGCACCCAGCCCAGGAGAGUGGCCGCCAUGUCCGUCGCCAAGAGGGUCGCUGAGGAGUUCGGCUGCAGGCUGGGUCAAGAGGUCGGCUACACCAUACGAUUUGAGGACUGCACCGGACCCGACACGGUCAUCAAGUACAUGACAGACGGUAUGUUGCUCCGCGAGUGUCUGAUGGAUCUGGACCUGAAGAGCUACUCCGUCAUCAUGCUGGACGAGGCCCACGAGCGCACCAUACACACGGACGUGCUGUUCGGCCUCCUCAAACAAGCGGUCCAGAAACGACCGGAACUCAAACUGAUCGUGACAUCCGCCACCCUGGACGCCGUGAAAUUCUCCCAGUACUUCUUUGAGGCCCCCAUCUUCACGAUACCCGGACGGACCUUCCCCGUCGAGGUUCUGUACACAAAGGAACCGGAAACGGAUUACCUGGACGCCUCCUUAAUAACCGUCAUGCAAAUACAUCUGCGUGAACCGCCCGGGGAUAUUCUGCUGUUUUUGACCGGCCAGGAGGAAAUCGACACCGCCUGCGAGAUACUGUACGAGAGGAUGAAGUCCCUCGGCCCGGAUGUACCUGAGCUGAUCAUCCUUCCGGUUUACUCCGCCCUUCCGUCUGAGAUGCAGACCAGAAUCUUCGAACCCGCUCCGCCUGGCUCGAGGAAGGUGGUGAUAGCUACCAACAUAGCGGAGACCUCGCUCACCAUAGACGGCAUUUACUACGUAGUGGACCCCGGGUUCGUCAAACAGAAGGUCUACAAUUCAAAGACCGGUAUGGACUCGUUGGUCGUCACCCCGAUCUCACAGGCGGCGGCGAAGCAGCGAGCCGGUCGUGCGGGUCGGACUGGCCCGGGGAAGUGUUACCGACUGUACACGGAGCGCGCAUACCGGGAUGAAAUGUUGCCCACCCCUGUCCCGGAAAUACAAAGGACUAAUCUCGCCACUACAGUGCUGCAACUCAAGACGAUGGGUAUAAACGACUUGCUGCACUUCGACUUCAUGGACGCCCCGCCCGUGGAGUCCCUCAUCAUGGCGCUGGAACAGCUACACUCCCUGUCUGCCCUCGACGCUGAGGGGCUGCUCACCAGACUCGGGAGACGGAUGGCGGAAUUCCCCUUAGAGCCAAACCUGUCCAAGAUUCUGAUUAUGUCCGUAGCUCUGCAGUGCUCCGACGAAAUACUGACAAUAGUGUCGAUGUUGAGCGUACAAAAUGUCUUCUACCGACCCAAAGACAAACAGGCCUUGGCCGAUCAGAAGAAAGCUAAGUUCAACCAGGCGGAGGGUGAUCAUCUGACGUUGUUGGCUGUCUAUAACAGCUGGAAAAAUAAUAAAUUCUCCAACGCCUGGUGUUAUGAGAACUUUGUCCAGAUACGUACGUUGAAACGGGCGCAGGACGUUAGAAAACAACUGCUGGGAAUUAUGGAUAGGCAUAAGUUGGACGUAGUGUCAGCAGGGAAGAACACGGUGAGGAUACAGAAGACCAUCUGUUCAGGGUUCUUCAGGAAUGCGGCAAAGAAAGACCCGCAAGAAGGGUACAGAACACUAGUUGAUAGUCAGGUUGUCUAUAUUCACCCCUCCAGCGCCCUAUUUAAUCGGCAGCCAGAAUGGGUAAUUUACCAUGAGUUAGUACAAACAACAAAAGAAUAUAUGAGAGAAGUAACUACAAUCGAUCCCAAAUGGCUCGUCGACUUCGCCCCGGCAUUCUUCAAGUUCUCAGACCCGACGAAACUGUCCAAAUUCAAGAAAAAUCAACGAUUGGAGCCUCUGUAUAAUAAAUAUGAGGAACCGAAUGCUUGGCGUAUAUCACGCGUUAGGAGACGUAGAAAUUAAGGACCAACACAACUACAUAACUUGUCACAUAAUUAUAGACAUGUAUUGUUUAAA